AUGCAGAAGAUUUUCGUGGCCGUCGUCGGUCUUUUGGCUAUUGUGGCCGUGACUGAUGCCUGUUUUGCUUCUGGUAUCUGCGGAGGAGGAUGUGCUCCGCCACCACCACCAGUUUGCUCCGGAGGUAAAUAAAACUUGAGCUCUUUAUCAUCUAAUUUAAUAAUCAAACUUUAGGAUGUGGAGGUGGGUACUCUUGCGGUAGAUACGGUUGCUUCAGUGCCAAGGCCAGAGGCUCCAAGACCCUCUCCUUCAAGAGCAAGAAAGACAUGACUCCUGACGAGAAGUUCAUGAAGUGCUGUGAAGAGAGGAACCUUCCGGACUCGUGCCUCUCCAAGUGCUCUUUCCGAACUUACACCAAGGCUGCCCUUCAAGCCAUGUACUUCAAACAAGACUACUGCCCGAUGCAGGCUGCCGCUGAUAUCCAAUUCUGUGCCGCUCAGGGCCAGGACCACACCGAGUGCUGCGUCAGAAACGCCGUGGGAACCACUCUUGCAGGAAACAAGGUAAAGUGUAAGUAGGUUUCUUCUAUUAUGUGUUAUUAAUUUCAGUGCUUCACUUUCUGCGACCAGCGCGUUGGAAACGUUACUCAGCUUGACCUCACUUAUCUGGCUUGCUACGACCGCUUCGAGAACAUGAAGGCCUGCUUCUGGCAGAAACUUAACGAGGAUUCUGCUCCAGUUUUCUCGUCGAACAUUGAUGGAGAAUCGGCGUCUGAGUUCCCAGAGCAGGAGCCAAACAGACAAUUCGCGCUCUCAUCGGUCCGUACCUUCCAAGCCAAGACAUUCGGACAAUAA